AUUAUUUAUUCUUUGGUUGCAAGAGGUGCCACGAUAUUGUGUGAAUAUACUGAAAGUAAAGGAAAUUUCCAACAAAUUUCUAAACAAAUUUUGGAAAAGAUCCCAAGUAACAAAUCUACAAAAGUCUCCUAUGUGUAUGAUCAAUAUAUGUUCCAUAUUAUGGUUGUUGGAGAAUAUGGGUUGAUCUUCUUCUGUAUGAGUGGAAAGGAUUUUGGUUCAAGAAUACCAUUCAAUUUCCUUGAUGAUGUAAAGGAACGAUUUUUGAGCAGUUAUCCUGGAGAACAAUCUAAAAGAAUUCAACCAAAUGGACUUAACAGAGAGUUUGGACAAAUUCUUAAACAACAAACUAAAUUCUUUAACAAUCCAAGACAAAACGAUCGUAUUCAAAAAGUUAAAGGACAAAUUAAUGAAGUUAAGGAUAUUAUGAUUGACAAUAUCGACAAGGUUUUAGCAAGAGGAGAAAAGAUUGACAUUCUUGUCAACAGAACUGGUGACUUAGUUGAAUCUGCUGAACUUUACAAGACAAAGAGUAAGAAAUUGAAAAACAACAUGUUAAAGAGAAAUAUCAUCAUUGUGUCAGUGAUUGCUAUUAUUAUUUUGAUUGUAAUUUUCUUGAUUAUUUGGUUUUCAUGUGGUUUCCCAUCAUUCUAUAGGUGU